AUGAGCGCCUCCACAUCUAUCAAGAUGAGCUCUGAGGCUCUAAGCAACACUACAGAUGCCUCAAAAGACGCUUCAAAACAAUCCUCUACCUCCUCAUCCUCCCAAUCUUCUCACUUCUCUCGCUUCAAGAAGCACUUCAGCAACCUGAAGAAGGAUUGGGCUCCUCUGAUGGCCGCCAAGGAACACUGGGAAGACGAGUACACCUUCCCACCUGGCAGAUAUGCUGGCCAAGGACACCGACGUGACAUUUAA